AUGAAUACGGUAGAGGAAUUACAGCGAUCUCCGCCGGUGUUGACUGGGGGGAACGCGCAAGAAUUGGUUCUCGGAUCGGCACGUCGCCCUCCGCUAGGGAACCACCGCGAUGUAGGGGGGCAAUCCCAGCAGCCGACCAGGGGUGAACCGUCGGUCUCGGGGCGCCCAUGGCCGGAGACGAGUGGGGUCGACCCGAUCACCAAGGGUUUUGAUCGGAUUAUGGCCCGUUUUGAUCAGUUGGAGGUACGGGUGGAUAACUUGGAGUUGCCGCACAACCGGGAUGUGGAUCCCGCGGAUGAUGGUUGGGAUUCGGAGGAUCGCGAGUAUGCGGAAUAUAGGGACUUCGACGGGGUACAACGGGCCGCGAACCCUCGCCAACGUUUCCUAGGGCGCCGCGACAUGAGAGGCGCGAGAGGCGGCCGCCGCGGUGGCUUUGGGGGCCGCGACGAGCCUUGGAGAAGGGGUCACUGGCAGCCGGAUGGUGGGUACGAUACCAGAAUGGUGCCGUAUCAGCCUCGCCGCCUUUCGAGUUGGGACCCGCCAGCGGCAAGGCAGCGGGGAGGGCGUGAUCACCGCCGCCUCGCAUCGUGCUGGGACCCGCCAACCGUAAGGGAUAGGGCCCAAUACUCAUAUGGGUCGGACGCGCAUCACGGGGUCAAAAUGCGGGCCCCCCACUUCGACGGGUCAGACACGACGAACUGGAUUUCACGGGUGGAGUACUACUUUGAUCAUAUUAUGAUGCCGGAGGAAGACCGUUUACACUAUGCGGUAAUGCUCUUUGAUUCCCCGGCCGCAGAAUGGAUAUUUAAUUACCGAAAUAACAACCAAUACGUCACGUGGCCUGAGUUUCUGGAGGAUGUGCGACACAGAUUUGAUCCGCAGAGCUUCAGAAAUUAUAUCGGUCCUCUAGCCAAAUUGGUUCAGACGGGGUCUGUGGCGGAGUAUCAUGACACGUUCGAGAAGUAUCUAAAUCGGGUUGAAGGUGUACCGGACUACAUAUUAAUCCCGGUAUUCAUCGAAGGCCUUAAAAUGCCUAUUCAGGAGAAGGUGGAGCUGCAACAGCCGCAGACAUUGGCCGAAGCUAUAGCAUUGGCCUUACGGCUAGCGGCCAACCAAGACCAUCGGUACCAGCAAGCUUCGGCGUCGUCGCAAAAGCGACAGUGGCCCCCGAAGGACAGCCGCCAGCAGAACUUUCCUGCUCCGCCGCCGAGCGGCCCUGCCCACGGAGCGAAGCCGAACCAGCCAGCCCCAGAGCUGGAACGCCCUCGCGUAACGCCGAUUCGAGUGUCCAAUGCCGAGAAAUCGGAACGCUCGCGGAAGGGCCUUUGCUGGCAUUGCCCCGAGAAAUACACGCCGGGCCACGUGUGUACAACGAGGUUGUUAUGUUAUGUGGGGGAUCCCGAGUGGGAGGAAUCGGGCCAGACCCCGGAUGUUCUAUCUCCCGACGAGGAGUUGAUUACGGAGGAUAUUUCUCACCUCCACUCGCUUACGGGAGGAAAUCGCUCGGUACCUUUUCAGGUGGUAGGGGAAAUAGGGGUCACCAAGGUGCGAAUUUUGAUUGAUACAGGCAGUACACACAAUUUCCUCCAUUCCCGGUUCGCGGAGACAUUACGGUUGCAGUUAUACCGCAUUCGACCCUUCCGGGUGUACGUCGGGAAUGGGGCAUCGAUCAUAUGCUCCCACAUUUCGAGGCGGACUAAACUUUCGAUACAAGGAACAGAGUUUUUGCCAGAUUUGCACAUCCUCGAUGUGCACGGAUGGGAUGUGAUACUCGGCAUGGACUGGCUGGAGUCUUUAGGCCGGAUCUCGGCAGAUUUCGUGGGGAAAACGUUGGAGUUUCGGAGGGAUGGCCAUCCGGUGACGAUACAGGGAAGGCGGCCGGGCCCUCAGGCCAUUUCGCUGCACUCGCUCUCCUUACUGGCGUCGUCCUCGACAUCUCACGAGUUUUAUGAGAUCGUCGCACUGCCAGCGGACGAAGAGGCAGCGCCUGGCGCAGCCGCUGAGCUGGACUUCCCGGCAGACCUGCCGGAGGCAUGCCAACGGAUCCUCGGGGCUCACAAAGGGGUGUUUGAUGUGCCAUGCAGAAUCCCCCCACCGCGGGCGUUCGAUCACAGGAUUCAUUUACUCCCGGGCUCGAAACCGGUCAAUGUCAGGCCAUACCGCUACCCAUACUUUCAGAAAACCGAGAUUGAACGACAGGUUAAGGAGAUGUUGUUGCAGGGCAUAAUUCAACGAAGUCAAAGUCCUUUCUCAUCCCCGGUCCUACUGAUUCGAAAAAAGGACGGGACUUUUCGUUUCUGCAUCGACUAUCGUGCCUUGAAUUUAGCAACGGUGCCGGAUCACUUCCCCAUCCCCACGGCGGAUGAGCUGUUCGAUGAAUUGGGUAGGGCGAAGUUUUUCACAAAACUCGACUUGCGCUCCGGGUACCAUCAAAUCAGGAUGCACGAAUCAGAUAUUUUUAAGACGGCUUUCCGCACACAUGACGGGCAUUUCGAAUUUUUGGUGAUGCCUUUUGGCCUGACCAACGCCCCAUCCACCUUUCAAGCAGCGAUGAACACUAUUUUCCAGCCCCUCCUGCGCCGGCACGUCAUCGUUUUUUUCGAUGACAUCUUGGUGUACAGCCCGACGUUGGAGGCACACUGCGAGCAUUUAUCAGAGGUACUAUCGCUCCUGGGCGCCAACCAAUUUUAUGUAAAGCUUUCCAAAUGUUCAUUUUGCUGCACCAGUGUUGAGUAUUUGGGCCACUUAAUUGCAGAUGGCACGUUGAAGGCAGAUCCCCGCAAAAUAGAAGCAAUGACGGCGUGGCCCGUACCGCGAAAUGUUAAGCAACUUCGCGGGUUUUUGGGCCUGACAGGCUAUUACAGACGAUUUGUCGCCCACUACGCAGUCAUCGCGGGCCCGUUAACGGACCUACUAAAAAAGGAGUCGUUUGUCUGGACCCCGGCCGCGACCACCGCGUUUGAGGCAUUGAAAUUAGCUAUGUCGUCGACCCCAGUGCUGCGCCUACCAGAUUUCAACAAAACAUUCUAUGUGGAAACGGAUGCUUCGGACACCGGGAUAGGAGCGGUAUUGAUUCAGGAGGGCCAUCCCAUUGCCUACUUUAGUCGCAAGCUCGGUCCGCGCCGUAGGGUCGCCUCAACUUACCACAAGGAGCUAUACGCCAUCGUUGAGGCAGUCCAGAAAUGGCGUCAGUACCUGUUGGGCCGGGAAUUUGUCAUCCGUAGCGACCAAAAGAGUUUGAAGGAGUUGCUGCAGCAGGUUGUUCAAACCCCAGACCAGCAGCUUUAUGUCCGGAAGUUGAUGGGUUUCACCUUCCGCAUUGAGUAUAAGAAGGGAGCAUUGAAUCGGGCUGCGGAUGCUCUGUCGAGAAGGGAGGACACGGCCUUGCCGGGGGAGACGGAGCCAGCUCCAGAGAUCGACCAGGCAGCACAAGGGGCCGACGCCACCUGUCUUACGGCUGUGGCGCACCCGAUCCCGAGCCUGCUGGACACCUUGCGCCAGGAGACAGAGUCGCGGUCGGACCUGGUGGAGCUCGCGGCCCGUAUACGAUCAGGGGACGCACCCCCUCAGUUUAGCCUGGCGGACGGCCUAGUUUACUUCAAUAGGCGGAUAAUGGUGAGUCAGUUGUCCAACGUGAAGAGAUUAUUGUUGGAGGAACAUCAUAAUACUCCAAUGGCGGGCCAUCCGGGCCACGAGCGAACGUUUCGCUUGUUAGCAGCAGGGUUUUAUUGGCCUAAGAUGAGGAAGGACGUACGGACCUUCGUUGACGCGUGUGCAAUAUGCCAAGCCACCAAGUAUUCGACGCAGAAACCGGCGGGCCUUCUGCAGCCCUUGCCGGUACCGACGCAGGUCUGGGACGACGUAUCUAUGGACUUUAUCACGGGCCUACCUCAGUCCCGCGGGUACACCACUAUUAUGGUGGUGAUCGAUAGACUCUCGAAGUAUGCCCACUUCGCGGCGCUGCCGACUCGUUUCGACGCCUUGCGGGUGGCCCACCUUUUCGUUAAUACAGUGGUCCGUCAUCACGGGUUUCCUAAGACUUUGGUGUCGGACAGGGACUCUGUGUUCCUCAACGCGGUAUGGGAGGAAAUACUUCGUUUAAGUGGGACCAAACUGAACUUCACGACGGCAUAUCAUCCGCAAUCCGACGGCCAAACUGAGAUACGCAACAAGGGGCUAGAGCAGUACUUACGAGCCUUCACAGCAGACAAGCCAUCGACUUGGUCGAAUUUUUUGCCGUGGGCCGAAUUGGCAUUAAAUUGCUUCCACCAUGCGGGCUUAGGCACUUCCCCCUUUAGAGCGCUGUAUGGUCGGGAGCCUCCGUUGUUGGUAGCCUCGGUCCCAUCAGCCAAAACGCCCCCUAGCGUUGCGGAACUCAUCAAGGAGAGGGGGGAACUGCUCGUCCAACUACGCGACAAUCUGUCCAGGGCGCAGCAACGGAUGACGGCGACGGCGAACCGGCAUCGCCGUCAUGUGGAAUUCGAUGUUGGGGAUUUUGUGUGGCUGAAAUUACAGCCGUAUAGGCAACAUUCUGUAGCGAGGCCCAUUUCGGCAAAGCUAGCUAGGCGUUUCUAUGGCCCUUUCGAAAUAGUUCAGAGGAUCGGUCCAGUGGCAUAUAAAUUGCGGUUGCCAGAGGGGAGUCGGGUUCAUGAUGUAUUCCACGUCAGCCUUUUGCGCGCCUUCGUAAAGGACGAUCCGGUCACCACUCUGCCGGAGUUGUUCGUGGGGAAUAGACCCGUAGUCCAGCCCGUGGCCAUUCUAGACUCGAAGAUAUUAUGGCACAAAGGAGCGGCAAUGGAGCAUGUCUUAGUGCGGUGGUCCGACGGGUCCGAUUCGCCCUCGUGGGAGCCAUUGGCGGAGAUACGUCAGCGGUUUCCUACCCUCUCCCUUGAGGACAAGGAAGUCUCUAAGACCGGGGGAGUUGUUACGAGCGCCACUGACCCACAGAGGGCGGGGGAUACGACAACAACAUCCUCGGCUGUGCCGGGGAGUGAGGACGAAACAAGGGAAGGAGAGGUCGACGUCGGAGUGCCGGAGAGGCAAGCCGUGAACGUUGACACAGUGAGGAAGUUGAGGCCGAGGAAGGAGAUCAGGCAGCCGGAGCGCUACCACGACUUCGUCACCAAGUAG